AUGGGUAAGGAUUGUCUAUGUCUUCCUGGAGAGCUCAGAAGCGAGCGUUAUAUCGUAGGAAGGUCCCUCGAAAUGCGCUCUGACACGAUGGCGACGACGAAAAAGCAUAACCCACCGAAAAUAGCUUCGACAACUCUAAAUCAAGACAAUCUUGACGCCAAUUUAUCGACCCCGAUGGAUGAAAGUCUUGAUUUGCAAUGGGGCGGUUUCGAACCAUCGAUCGACCGUACAGACACAACAGAACCUCUUAUCGGCUACCUUACACCCUAUCUCUCUUGUUGA